AUGAACUCUACGGCCGCACCUGCUAUGCGGGUUGUGCUGUUAAUUUUCACCACAAUGGUAGUCGUCUCCAGUGCGCCAUCUCGACAAAAACGAGCCUUUGACUCCUUCGCUGGUAGUUUUUCCGGGUUGGACAAGAGAGCAUUUGAUUCACUCGCCGCACCAGGAUUCGACGCAUUCAACAAGAGGGCAUUUGACACUUUAGCAGGACAAGGAUUCGAGGCUUUCAAUAAACGUGCGUUCGAUUCGCUGGCAGCGUGUGAAGAAAUGGACUAUGUUGAGAUCUCACCGCGAAGAGAUUUGGAGCGGUUCUGGUUUGACCCCAUUCAACAAAAGAGCAUUCGACAGUCUUGCUGGCAACGGAUUCGGCGGGUUCGACAAAAGGAGCCCUUUGGAUGGAGCUAUGCUAUUGUAGUGCUACACAUCGACUUACCGAGUUUUAUAAUUAGAAUCAUUGUUCUGGUUAUGCUAUAUCUUCCCGACAUAAAGAACUAUCCAGAAAGAGAAACGAACUCGGUGGAUCAACACAAAAGAAUUUCCGAUGUAUAUGCAUUGAUACCGGUCACAUAUAAAAGAUGGUUGUUGUCGUUAUUGUAUACAAAUUCGAAAAGCACAGGUAUCACAGUUGGUGCUGAAUGCCUCAGCAAAGAAACAAAACACAAAACACGUAGAAGACACGCAGCAGACACACAGAAUGGGGUCGGAUCACCAACGGUAGUGCCGCUGGUAGUGACUAACGAGGAUGCCUGCGCAUCUAUGGUCAAAAUCCACAAAGGUCGCAUUGAUACGGGACCAUCUAUCUUUUUUGUUCGCAGCGACGUAUUCCUCCUUACGAUUCAUGAUAUUACUUCCGGCUAUGACUAUGGCUCAAACGCUUCCAAUGUUCGAUAA